AUGCCACCUCCUCAGCGGCCAAUUUCACGUAUCCUCAUCGCCAACCGCGGCGAAAUUGCAAUUCGGAUACUUCAAUCAUGUCAUGAGCUGCCACAACCUCCUACAACCUUUGCAAUAUACACUGACAACGAUACCACACACAUCUCCCUGGGCCGGCCUCACCACGCGGUCAAAGCCGCUCAUGGCCCAGCGUCGUACAUGAAUAUUGACUAUCUGAUUGGAUUGGUCAAGGAGAACAAGAUUGACGCUGUGCACCCUGGGUAUGGAUUCCUGAGCGAGAGCGCAGAGUUUUCCAGGAGGAUGUGGGUUGAGGCCGGGUGCGUGGUUGUCGGACCUGGCUGGGAGGUGCUGGAGAGGACCGGCGACAAGCUAAUGGCCAAGGCAUUGGCGGCCGAGUGCGAUGUCCCGGUCCUCAAGGCUAUGGGAAGACCAACUGGGAGCGUGGAGGAUGUCAGGAGAUUUGCUACCAGUGUUGGGUAUCCGCUGAUGAUCAAGGCUGUGGAUGGCGGUGGUGGACGGGGCAUUCGACUCGUCAAAGACGAAUCCUUGCUUGACAACGCCGUGCAGAGGUGUGUGGCCGAGUCACCGAGUCGCUUGGUCUUCGCCGAGCAAGCAGCCGUGGAAGGGUACAAGCAUAUUGAGGUUCAGAUCGUCGGCGAUGGGAGAGGCGGAGUCAAGCACCUGUGGGAGAGAGACUGCAGCGUCCAGCGCAGGUUUCAGAAGAUCGUCGAGGUGGCUCCAGCACCCGUCCAGGACAGGAGGGUGAUUGCACAGGUCAUCGACUCGGCCGUGAGGAUGGCCACAAAGCUGAAAUACUUGGGCCUGGGGACCUGGGAGUACCUCGUCAACGUCCAGCAAAUGAAGUUCUUCUUUCUCGAGAUCAACCCGCGGCUGCAGGUCGAGCACACCAUCACCGAGUGCAUCACCGGAGUCGACCUGGUGAAGCAGCAACUGUUUCUUGCUCAAGGGCUACAGACCGAGGCCGACGCCAGACUAGGACAGUGGAGGGAUGCCGACAAAGCACCCCCUGCAGCGUCGAUCCAGUUGCGACUCUGUGCAGAGGAUCCCUUGUCCAACUUCUCGUUGAGUAUCGGCAAGGUUAGCGACAUACAAUUCCCGUCUGGCAAUGGCAUCCGGGUCGACAGCCACUUGUCGCGCGGAGGAGUGGUGGGAUCCGACUUUGACAAUAUGAUGGCCAAGAUCAUUGUCACGGCAUCAACCUGGGGAGAGUGUGUCGCAAAGGCACGCCGGGCAUUGGAAGAGACCAAGGUCAUGGGCGUCAAGACGAAUCUGAACCUCCUCAAAGCCAUUCUUACAGACACGACCUUCGCGGCCGGCCACGCAGACACAAGCUGGCUGGAGCAACAGCUCGACCGGCUCGUCCCCUCUGGAGAACAGCUCGCCAGCGCCACGGAACUACUCGACACAUCCCUCCCAGCUUUAUCUUUGUCGAGCAACGGUGCAGGCUCAGCCAUCGGAGCUGCAUCGACACUGUUUAGAAAGGGCGACGCCUGGACCGUGUUGCUCGAGAAUCACGCCGAUAAACCCUCGUCCAUCAAGCCGCCCGCUCACCACCUCUCCAUCUCGCGUGUCACGCGCAACGAAUUCCCCACCGCCCUCGUCGCCGACAUCUCAUACACCAUCCCUGGAUCGAGGACGCACUCCUACAAGAUGACCCUGAACAGCACAACCUCCUCUGCCGGCGCCACCGCCUCAACGCACCGACGAGGCGAUCCGACCAAGAAGACCCACAUCGUGUUGCCCAUGAGCGGGAAACUGGUCGAGGUGCUCGUCGAUGUGGGUGACGAAGUGCGCGAAAACGAGGUGAUCGCAUUCGUGAAGCAGAUGAAGAUGGAAUUAGAAGUCAGGUCGCCGAGGGCCGGCAAGGUGAAAUGGGUGAUUGAGAUGGAGAACGAGGAGGAAGGCGACGACGUCGCGGAAGGGGUGUUGCUGAUGGAGCUCGAGGACGAGGAGGAUAGCACAAGGAAGCCCGAGGUCAGAUCUAGGCUGUGA